AAAACGUCUCACUAGUGCCACGUUUCGCUGAAUGAGCAAUCAAAAAACGGCUUGCAACUCUACACUACAUAAUCUACAUAUACACAUACGUAUAACCGCCGAAAUCAGCACUCAAAAAAUCGAAAGAACAAUCAAACCAGCCAAAACACCAUGAUGCAGUCUCUUCUCUACUUUCUCCUAGCUCUCCCUCUCCCUCUCCUCCUCCUCUUCCUUCUCCAAAACCACAAGAGAAGAGCUUCAAACGCUCUCCCUCCCGGCCCUCGAGGGCUUCCCUUCAUCGGAAACCUCCUCCAGCUCGACCCCUCAGCUCCUCACCGCCACCUUUGGCAGCUCUCUCAAACCUACGGCCCACUAACCUCCCUCAAACUCGACCGGGCCCGUGUCGUCGUGGUUUCCACCGCCAAGAUGGCCGAACAAGUCAUGAAAACCCACGACCUCACGUUCUGCAGCAGGCCCACCACCGUCGGCCUCCAGAAGCUGUCCUACAACGGGCGCGACCUGGCGUUCGCGCCCUACGACGCUUGCUUUAGGGAGAUGAAGAAGCUGUCCAUGGUUCACCUCUUCAGCCUGAGCAGAGUCCAGAGUUUUCGCCCCGUAAGGGAGCACGAGGUUGCCAAGAUGAUCGAGAAGAUAUCCAGAUCUUCGUUGGAGUCGAGACCUUUCAACUUGUCAGAGGCCAUGAUGUCGCUGACGAGUACGAUCAUUUGUCAGGUGGCGUUUGGGAAGAGGUAUGAAGAAGGAGGAGUUGGAGGAGUUGAGAGGAGUAGGUUUCAAAGUUUGCUCAAUGAGACUCAGGCCAUGUUUACUAGCUUCUUUUUCUCCGACCAUUUUCCUUGGAUGGGGUUCGUGGAUCGGCUCUCGGGUUUGAUCGGUCGUCUCGAGAAGAAUUUCGAGGAGUUUGAUGCGUUUUAUCAGGAGAUCAUUGAUGAGCAUCUUGAUCCGAGUAGAGGAAAGCAGGAGCAGGACGAUAUUAUGGAUGUUUUGCUUCAGAUUUGGAAGGGUGGAUCGUCUAAAGUCCAACUCUCACUUGAUCACAUAAAAGCACUUCUCAUGAACAUAUUCGUUGGAGGUACCGACACCAGUGCGGCAGCUGUGAUUUGGUCCAUGACAUAUCUAAUGAAGAACCCUAAAUCCAUGGGAAAAGCUCAGAAAGAAGUCAGGCUUGCUAUUGGAAAAAAAGGAUUCGUGAACGAAGAAGACAUUCAACAACUACCUUACCUCAAAGCCGUGGUAAAAGAGACACUUAGGCUGCAACCUUCAGCUCCAUUGUUGAUCCCACGAGAAUCAACCCAAGAUUGCAUCUUAGGUGGGUACGAGAUACCAGCCAAGACUGUAAUCCACGUGAACGCAUGGGCCAUUGGAAGGGAUCCUGAAGCUUGGGGAGAAAACCCAGAGGAGUUCAAGCCAGAGAGAUUCUUCAUGGGUAAGUCGAUCGACGUGAAAGGUGCGGACUUUGAGCUGAUACCAUUCGGAGCUGGAAGAAGAAUCUGUCCCGCCAUGCAUAUGGCGCUAGCAAAUGUAGAGCUCUCUCUGGCUAAUCUGCUCUACGCUUUCGAUUGGGGAAUGCCGAUUGGAAUGACGAGCGACGAUUUGGACAUGGAUGUGUUGCCGGGCCUCACGAUGCACAAGAAGACUGCUCUGUGCCUGGUGGCCACAGAGUUUGUAAAAUGAGUGAACUCACGAGCCAUUUCUAGGCAAUUUUACCAACACGGGAAUGUGCCCAACAACAAACUAGGCGUUAAGUCGCUAUCCUAUAUAAUAUAUAUCCAGCUAUACUAGCUUGUUGUGUUCCAUUAUAAAUUGUUUACAAGCUAACAGCAGAAAUUGAAAAUUUCUCAUCCACCAUUUCCCAGACCAUGCCAUCUGUUAGUCACACGGUGAGAAGGCAAACCACAUGGAGCGACGUUGUUCAAGGAGUCAAGCCGACCGUUGUAUUAAACGACACAUUAGAACAGAUCCCGCCAGAAUAGUCCUUUUGUAUUUUCUCUAUUGCAUUUCGUUUUCACCUUUCACUCUUCUGUAAAAGCACAACCAGCUAAUCCUUGGCUUGUAGUGGCAAAACCCACAUAUAUAUUCAUCUCAAUGUAAGAUCCAACCCAGGUUUUAGG